CCAGAGAGAGCUUUUCGUUUUUCGCGGCUAGUGUCAGCGCGAAAUCCGGGCUAUCCGCACGUCGAUAUUUCGGUUCUUACCGAUCGCGCCUGUGUUUUAUGUAUAUAUACCGAUUGUAUCGCGAUAAAAUCGUGUCGGCUUGAGGCGAUAGACGCUCGUAGAGAGGAGAGGAACGAGCAGAGCUAGAUCGAGUUUUCUAGAAACACCGAGAAUAUAUAUACAAGUAGUCGAGAGGAGUCGGAAAUUCGCCAAGUUUAUCUGCGAUGGAGCCUACGCGCAGUCGAGACGCCGAGGUUCAAGGAUCGAGGGUGGCGAGGCGCGUGUUGGCGAGGAUGUUCGGCCCGCUCGACCGGGCGGAGAACGGCUUGCUGAAGAUGAGAAAUUUCUCGGCUAUGGCCGAGCAGCUGCUCUUCUUCGUCCUGGCGGACAAGGUGCUGCUGCAGCCGAGACAGAGGAUGACCGGCUUGUACAGUCUGAUGUUCUACAACGUCAUGGCCUACUGCGUAAGCUACGCGAAGGAGCUGGUGAGCAAGGAGGACUGGUCGCCCUACGUCACCCUCACCGAGACCUCGCAGAUCAAGCAUCUCGCCAUGUCCGCCACGAAGAUCGUCCUCGAGUGGACCAAGGCCGUCACCUUCGUCGUCACGCUCGCCUUCGCCCUCCUGCUAUUCGGACUCGAGCAGGGCCUACAGAAUUACAAACCAUCGAUAAUCUACACAGUCGUCACCUCGGCCUACUACAUGGCAACCGAGAAGGUCUUCAUCGACAUGUUUGCCAGCGUGCUGCGAUUCUUCGAAAUCGAAGCCCUGGAGAGCCUCGAAAAUCUCUACGGCCCACUGAUCCUCCGAGUCUUUACGAUAACUCUGUCAACGUUAUUUAUUCUCCUGAUAGUCCCUGUCGUCGUACCCUGGCGUCUGCUCUUCGUCGCGAUCUACUUGAACGUUUACCUGAGAUCCAAGGAACUGGUACAGACUCACUCGACUGCCCUGAAAAAGGAGUCGGAGAUCCUGGCGAGGUACAGACACGCGACUCCCGAGGACAUUCAAAAUUUCGACGACGUCUGCGCGGUUUGCAUAUCCCCGAUGAAAAGGGCUCGGGUCACGCCCUGUCAGCAUCUGUUCCACGCCAGCUGCCUUCGAGAGUGUCUCAAGACUAGCGACUGCUGUCCGAUGUGCAAACGAUUGCUCGCCUUCGAUUGAGAGACGCGUCGAGUGGUCGGCGAUUUUUUUCAAUUUUCGGCGCUUCUGGACACGCGGUAUAUCUCUUAUACGUACUGCGUGUCGCUCUGUGAUAUUGUUAUACGAAAAGCAGAUUUAUAUCCAUUCUCGUACUCGAUUGUCGGAUCGUUUUUAUGAUUAAAGCUACGAUGAGAUGAUGUAGUUUUUAUUUUGAAUUUAGGCUAGGUUAAUUAUACGCUUGGCGAAUCAAUAAUCAAACGUGUACAAUUUCUUUAUAAUAAUAUUUAAUAUAUGUAUUAUAACGAAAUGUUUGUAUAUA